GCCCGUGGAUCAGAGUCCUCCCACUGAGUUGUCCUGGGAAACACUAUCUAACAACUGUUAGAAAAGUCCACUCAGUCAUCCUGUUAGUGGACACGGUGGGAGACAGAAACACUAGCUUAAUCUGCUUGAGUGUCCAGGGACAUGAAACUCAAUCCACAGCAAGCUCCACUCUAUGGCCGCUGUGUUAUCACAGUGCAGCUCGCUGAUGAAGAGCUGGCUGUGGAUGAUGAGGAGGGCGUGGAUUACUUCCUGCUGUUUGCUGGCAGCACACAGAGGCACCUGACCAGCACCUUAAGGAGCAGUCAUGACACCUUGCAGGCGCUGUGUCCCGCUCACGACUGUUGCGAGGUGGUGUUGGUCACCUUGUGUUCAGUCAGCCGAGGCCCCCCCGAGUCCCCCGAGGACCUGAAGCCCUGUCGGGGUCGCGUGGCUCCAUUGGCCGAGCAUCGAUUCAGCUUUGUCCAGGAUUUGGCUUUUGACAUGGCCCAGUUCCUGGUGAGCACGGCGGGCCGGGCUGAUGGCCUCGACGGGGCGCUGAUGCUGGACGAGUGUCAGAUUCCUCUGGAGGAGUGUGAGCGUCUGGAUGAGAGCCUGGCGCUGGCCCUUCACCACCUUGUGCUGCCUCCGGGAUGGAGCUUACUGGGGAACAAACUAACCAACAGCACUGACCUGAAUCCUCAGGAGACUCUGCUGCAUUUCUCAGCACGUCGAGGUCUUUUUCGGGUUACGCACUUCUUGCUGCAGCAGUCUGGAGCGAGAGAAGCCCUGCGAUUGGCCAACAGGCAAGGCCACACACCCUCCGACGUUGCGGCCCAGCGAGGACACGAACGCCUCCACGAGCUCCUCGCGCAGGCUGAGACGGACAAAGGGACCGAGACUGUCCAGCUGGUGCCUACGGACGCCCGGGUAGUUUGCCACCUCCCCGCGCUGAACACACACACUCUGACGCUGAGAAACAACCUCGGCCACAACCCUCCGACCCUUCAGAGGAGCGUGGAGCAGCUGCUGCACUUGAUAUGCCAUCUCCAUGCCAAGGGAGUUUCUGUAGUGGAGCUGAAGUUUGAUUCCCUGCACACGGCUGCUGAAUGUUGUGAUGGAGUAGGAACAGAGAUAACCUGUCUGGAGCGACUACAGCUGCCUGCUACAGCAUCACAGUGCCUGGAUACAACAACAGGAGGGAGCUGGGUGGAAAACUGCUCAGUGGAAAGCCGCAACAGUGAUUGUGGACAUGGUGAGAGUGGGAACGCAGAGAGAGACUGGAGUUUGUCUGUGACUUCACCAACGUCAGAAACCCGGCCCCAGGAGCAUGGCCUCGGCCCCCCAGCGGACUGGGUGUGUCUCAGUUCAAACACUGGGAGAGAUUACUGCCAAACGGAGCAGGAGGGAAGGGAGCAGCCUGUUGUUUCCACCCAGACUUUGAGUUUGCGUGACAGGAGUGAAGGAGCACAGAGCCGGGAAGGAGGGGAGAUCCUCACUGUGGGAAUCCCACCACCAGCAGGUUGUGAUAAACAGGCAGAGGAAACUGAUAGAGGAGAGGCUGUGAUCUGGGAAGGACAGGAGACCACGAAGGGAAAAGACAGAUCAGAGCAGGAAGCAGAGGACAGCACAGCUAGAAGGAGGGAGGAGGAGACCAACUCAGAGUCGGCACAGCUAAUAACGCCCGGUGGAGACACAAAAGCUUCGAUCAUGGGCCAAUCUCCGUCAUCAGAGGGCUCAGUAUCUGACGCCUCUGAUUCUGAAAUGAAGGAGUGCUGUCAGGAAGGAGGAACAAGUGGGAAACUUAGCCAGGAGAUCUGCGACGGACUCUCUUUAGAUGAGGAGAAAACAGAGAGUGAGGGGUUAACAGACACUGUAUCAACCCCAGGGGACCUUCCCAACCCAUCGCUGACAGACUGCGGUGAUGUAAUCAAGGAGCCUGAAUCUGCUGCUCCACGUCUCUUGAUAGAAGGCCUCCACGAGGGGGAACCUCCACCAGACAUAAACAACAUGGAACAAAACCAGGAAACAGCUGGCAGGGAUUACACCACGGAGCAGCAGUGGGGCUCGGCUCCACAAACUGGCUGUCAUUCUGUGAAUUGUACUGGAGCAACAAGUGGUGAAGAGCUAGAUGGUGAAGACAUGGCUGAACCUCAACCUGGACACAGUGUUGAAAGUUUGCCUGUGGACGAACCUGCCAAUAGAGCUGAUUGUCGGACUGCUGGUAACUCCAUGGAAGAUUUACAAACAAAUCCAUCACCUGAGCCGUCACCUGAAAUGACGCCCAGCUCCAGCAGUAGACACGCAGAUCAUGAUUCAGGGACGACCCACGGCCUCUCCAGCGACGAUGACGGCAGUUUCAAAUCAGUCGGAAGCUCCACGACAGACAUAUUCCACCCCACUCAGGACGAUGCCAGUAUAGAGGAUCAGGAGUUGCUUCAAAUCUGUCCUCAAACAGGAUUCAAGAUGGAGGAACCAAAUGAUUCAAAACCUGGUGAAAGCAAUGAACUCGCACUAACCGUGGACGCAGGGCUCCCCUUGGAGCCGGGCACUGUCAGUGCAGACUGCAGCCAGACUGGCACUGAGCCUGAAUCGCAACUGUCACCCGGCCGCCAAACAAUGGAGGCUUUGAAUUCUGAGGGGACAGGAGACAAACUCGCCCCAGAACUUUCCAAAGAGGAUCUGUCGUUGAGUCCAGCAUUGUCAGAGAGCGGGGACGCUCCCGUGAUGAAGGUCGAUGGAGGUGAAAGCAGAGAGGCCGACAGCGCUGAAGUGAAUGCAGGGAUUGGGCAUUCAGCAUCAGAGGUCACCAGUAGAGAUUUAUUUGAACAUAGUCCAUCUGUUGGAGGAGAAAGUGAAGUGAUUGUUGAUGGAGACCAUCAGUCAGCAGAGACCGGUGAUGAAUCUGCAGCUGGAAAGAGUGGAGAUGUGCAGUUGGUGCUACAGCAACCUAAACAGGAUAAUUCAGAGAUGACAGCAGAUGAGAGGUCACUUGAUGAGGGAUUACGGCACUCAGAGGAUAAGAUCAGUGUAUCUUCGUCACAAGGUGUCGCUCCACUUUCAGAUGCCUUGGAAGUAGAUCCCCCUUCUCCAAACAACGAAGCAACCAGUGGGCCUCAUGUUGAGAAUGAGACGACUGAAACUCCAAAGACUCCUGACGCCGUGGAUGGAGUAUCACAAAGCCACAACGGUGCAGUUCAAGAGGUAGAAGUCAUCAUGUCUGAAGAGGCUGUAAUUGGUGCAGGGGAGGAAGAAAAUGGCCCCUCAGAGGAAACAGACUUCUCCAUGAUCCACCGAGACAGAGAGGCGUCGUUCCAUCAGCCCUGCAACACUCAACACUCAGGUUCUUCACAGUCCUCAGCGUUUCCCAGUUUGCCCAGUAGAACCAGCAGUGCCACCAGCUGUCCCUCCACAGCUCACAGAGACUCUGGCAGCGACAUAGAAAGCCUCCUGAACGCAGAGCCGGGAUAUGACAGCGUCUUCAGAAAGAAUGAUGAUCCAGUGACAGGAGGAGACAGCGCCAGCGAGGUUUCCGCCUCCUGUUCCUCCACAGACGACACCGCCAGCGUCGGCCCGUCCAGCUCCAGUCCCGAGGGCAGCCAGGGCCUGGGAUGCAGCUGGAGCCCAGAGGAGGGCAUCAGGACUGGGGCUGCUAUCACUGCAGGACUGGAUAGCGGUGGUGGUGGUGGUGGUGUUGGAGAAGGAGGAGGAGCGGGAGAAGCUGAAGAAGAAGCCAAAGACAGAGUGACGGAGGUGCCGCGGCGCUCUUGUAUCCUCCGGAACAGCAUCCGCUCCCUGUCGCCUCUUCGCCGCCACAGCUGGGGUCCUGGAAAGAACAACGGAGGAGACGCAGAGAUGAACCAGAGGAGCUCCAUCCGUAGCCCUGGUGAGAGGAAGCCGACCUUUCACAGGAGAAGUCUUCCCCUUACUAACCACUCCACCUCAUACUCACACCUCAGCUGGUGCCCUCCUGAUGCUCCCAACAGCCACGGUGUGGAAGUAGUUAGUUCCCUCAGCUACAGCCUGGAGGGGCUCAGCGGGGUCCAGGAAGAGCUGAGGGGCCCCGCCACUCAGGGGCCCCGAAUCCUGGAGCCUUCAAGGAUGCCUCGCCAUGAUAGCGACGACAGGGGCUCCCUUGUUUCUCUGACAGAGGAGCAGGAGGAGCUGGGGGAGCACGGCAGAAUACGAGAACCGAAAUCGAGGCGGUAUCGGCCUCUGCGAAACAGCUGUCCUCCCAUGACCCUGCCCCUCACCAAGUCUGUAUCCAUGCUCGCCAUCAGCCAGAGAGACACUGAUGGUAUGAGGUCGUUUUCCAGCGCCUCUGGGUCACUAGCAUACAGUAUAUCAGAGGAGGAGCCUGGCCCCCUGCGGAGCGACACUGAGGGAAAGAGUGUGACGAAAGUCAGCCGGACCUUCAGCUACCUCAAGAACAAGAUGUACAAGAAGACCAGGGAAAAGGAGCGAGAUAAAAAGGAGAGCAAGGAGGGCAAGGAGAAGGACAAGAAGGCGAUUAAUGGUCAUCUAUUCACACCAGUCAGCUCGGGCCAGGCCGCCCAGUGCUUCCAGUGCAAUAAGGCUUUCAACAGCAAGGAGGCUUUCCACUGCACACACUGUAAUGCCUCCGUCCACAAGAGCUGCAGGGACAGCCUGCCUGUUUGUGCCAAGGUGAAGAUGAAGUUGCCCAAACAGCAGUUUGCAGUACCAGAUUCAAGCUCUUUUCCUACGGUCACCAUGAGGAACAAAUCUGGUGGGACGAGGGAGCGCCCCUGGUCUGCCAUCUUGUCCCCCGAAGACCAUUCCUCCCUGAUGAUCCCGUCACGGAGACACACCAGCCUCAUGGGUUUCCACGGCAACAACCUCUCCAAGAGUCUCUCCAUAAGCAACAUCGCUGGUCCGGUGUUCGACGAGAUGCCCAUUAAAGGCCUGCGCUAUCUCUCCCAGUCUACUGACUCACUCAACAGAACCAACCAGGUCACAGAGUCCAUGGAGUCGCUCACUGAUGAAGGGACGGAGAUGAUGGACGGCCAGCUGAUGGGGGAGUUUGAGGCCGAGGCCAAGGAGCUGGAAGCCGACUCGUGGAGUUUAUGUGCGGAGCAGCAGUACGUGCAGCAGCUGGACAAAGAGGUGGUGAAGAGACAGGACGUCAUCUACGAGCUGAUGCAGACGGAGAUGCAUCACAUCCGGACGCUUCGCAUCAUGUCAGAAGUGUUCAGCAAAGGCCUGCAGAAGGAGCUGCAGCUGGAGCUGCAGACGGUGGAGAAGCUCUUCCCCGUUCUGGACGAACUCCUGGACUUCCACACGCAGCACCUCCUCCGCCUCCUGGAGAGGAAGAGGGAGAGCCAGCUGGAGGGGGGGAGCUCGGAGGGAGGCUUCACCAUCAGCAGGAUAGGAGACAUCCUAGUCAGCCAGUUCUCAGGAUUUAACGGUGAAAGCAUGAAGAGGAUUUACGGGCGAUUCUGCAGCCGCCACAACGAAGCUGUGAACUUCUACAAAGACCUCCUGACCAAAGACAAACGCUUCAAGGCCUAUAUCAAAAAAAAGAUGAGCAGCAGCAUUGUGCGGAGGCUUGGCAUCCCAGAAUGCAUCUUGCUGGUGACCCAGAGGAUAACAAAGUACCCGGUGCUAAUUCAGAGAAUGCUGCAGCACACUAAAGAAAGCGAGGACGACCACGAGGACCUGACAGACGCUGUUCGGCUUGUGAAGGAGGUGAUCGCGUCGGUCGACAACAAGGUGAACGAUCACGAGAAAAGACGCCGUCUGAAGGACUUUCACGGCCGCUUGGACAGCAAGUCCAUCAUGAUGAUGAAGAGCGGUCAGAUCUUUGCCAGGGAGGAUCUGCUGAGGAGGAGGCUGAUCCACGAUGGCGUGCUGCAGCUGAAGAGCUGCCAGGGAAGACUGAAGGAUGUCCAUGCUCUCCUACUAUCAGACGUCUUCGUCUUCCUCCAAGAGAAAGACCAGAAAUACGUCUACGCCAUGCUGGACCAGCGCUCCACGGUCAUCUCCCUCCAGAAGCUGAUAGUGCGGGAGGUGGCUAACGAAGAGCGCGGCCUCUUCCUCAUCACGGCAGGCAUUGAGAAGCCAGAGAUGAUGGAGGUCUUGGCCAGCUCGAAGGAAGAACGCAACACCUGGAUGCAGCUCAUCCAGGAAGUCAUGCAGUCCAUGGAUAAGGACGAGGAUGAAGGGAUUCCCAGUGAGACGGAAGAUGACAAGAGACAACUGGAGACUAAAGCCAAGGAGAUGAGAGAUCUGUUGAGGCAGAAGGACACAGAGAUCAUGUCUCUGCUGGAGGAGAAGGUGCGGCUCUUCAGGGGGAUGUGGGAGGGCUUGAGCCCAAGCGAGGACAGGCAGGUCCAGCCUUUCUUCAGGUCAGCGUGCGCCCUGGAGCCGCCCAGGGGGGCGUCUAUCAUGAAGGACGCCCUGGAGGAAGUGGAGACGUUACAGGGGCUGGUGAACGGCAGCCUGGGCGGAGCGAUGGCCAGCGUCCAGGAGGGAGGAGGCGCGGGGCCGGCGCCGUGUUUGCCCCGUCGGGCCGAGACCUUCGGAGGCUUCGACAGUCAUCAGAUGCACAGCAGCAAGAGUGGAGACGGCGACGAGUGUGACGAUACGGCGGGAGAUCUGCGCAGAACGGAGUCCGACAGCGUUUUAAAGAAGGGAGGAAACGCCAACCUGCUGCUGCUGCUGAAGAGGAACAGUGAGCAGGUCCUCCACAGCGUCUCCAAUCUGCAUCUCCUGCUCAGCACUCUGCAGGCCGUGGUGGUCCAGCAGGACAGUUUCAUAGAGGACCAGCGGCAGGCCCUGAGCGAGCGCUCCUCCUCCUGCACGUCCCUGACGAAGCCGUCCUCGAGGCCCAGCUCGCUGAUUGAACAGGAGAAGCAGCGCAGCCUGGAGAAGCAGCGGCAGGAGGUGGCCUCCCUGCAGAGACAGCAGGCAGCUCACGCUGAGGAGAAGAGGAGAAGGGAGAAGGAGUGGGAGAUGAGGGAACAGCAGCUGAGUGAAAGGGAGGGGCUGAUGCACGUACAGCAGGAGGAGGAGGUCCUGAAGCAGCACAGGGAGCUGGAGGAGGAGAAGCAGGGGCUGCAGAGUAGGAAGGAGGAGUACCAGAAGGACCUGGAGAGGCUGAGAGACGCCCAGAGGAAGCUGGAGAGGGACCGAGAGGCCGUGCAGCGGCAGCUCGAGAAGAUGGAGGAGCUCCGGCUGUCUGAGAGGACUCCCUCCACAACGUCGGAUGAAUCCCAGUUCCCCGGCAGCUCCCAGUCUCUGGAGCUGGACCCGUCGGAGCUCUCUUCCUCCUCAUCUUCCUCCCUGCUGAGGCUGCAGCCCCAGCGGUCUAAGCCCAAAGGGAAAGGCCUCAAUCCCUUUACCUCAUCCUCCAGCAACCUCAAAGGCAGUGACGCCAACAACCAGAUCUCAAAGAGCCUGCUGCAGCUGGCCAAGAACAAGAGCAAAGAGGCGAAGGAGAAGGAGAAGGAGAAGAAGAAGAAGAAGGGCAAAGGGGGGAGCACGCCGACAGCAGGUAGAGAAUGAUCCCCAGCACCUCCCAGAGCCUCCUCUGGAUGGAGAGAUCUUCUUCUGCUGAGAGAAGUGGCUCUCCUCCUCCUCUUCCUCCUCCUCCUCCUCCUCCUCGUCAUCAUCAACUCAUCACAGCCAUUACAGAUGAAUGUAUUACUGCCAAGUAGUAAUACAUCCAUCUGCGUACGUAAUACUUCAGUGUACUACCAGGCUUUUUAGCACCUUUAAAAUCACCUCAGAAAGACUUUUUCCCCGUAUCGUUACAAUUUAACAUCACAUGCAAGAAAAAGUUGAAAAAAUGUUUUUGUAUUUUAAAAUCCACAGUUUUUAGUUUCUGGAAAGUAAAAUAUUUUAGGGAUUCUGUCAUGGUGUGCAUUUAGGCGUACAUACUUGUAGUACAUGGAAUAGCAUUUUUGGGUAUUCUGUUUCCAAAAAAAGAAGAAAACAACAACAGUUUCUUUUCCCAAAGACACCAUGGUUACACGACAGUAGAUUCAUUUCGAAGAAUUAUAAAUGUGUGAGUAUCAAAUUGAAAGCAUUUCACAGUCGGCUGCCUCACAAGCUCUGCCAACUGUGUCACAGGCUCCACUGCCUUUUUCUGUUUGUGUGUUUGUUGUGGCCCCGACGUUUCAACAGUCCGUCCUGGUAUUACGUUCCACACCAACAGACACAGACGUACCCCAAAUGCCACUUGGAAACAGAUAGGAAUGCCAACAAGCUCCAUGUGGAACUGGAAACUCACCACUCCUAAUCAUCUUUAUUGACGGUUAAUAGAAGACUGAAACCACAGAGGACAAUCUGCCUGAAAUAAGUGUCUCAAUUAAAAAAAAAAAACAGUUUUUCAUUCAGAAAUGCUACCAUAUAGAUCCACAUUGAAAGAAAAUUAUAGCAUUCCUUUACUCCCUAUUUGAAAAUCAGGUUUGGUUACGCCCAUUGGCCUCCAGUUAGUAAUCAAAAUGGGAUUCAAAUACCUUCAGUAAUCCUCUAUAAAGACUCUACGCCAUCAAUCUUGUUCCUUGGCUAGGUUUUAAUUUAUUUGAAUAAUGGAUAUCUCCAUUUUGGAGUGAAACUCUUCAGAUGUGUGCGUCUCCUUCUCCAGACUCAACAGUAAUGAAAGGACCGAGACAUAUCUUCCGGCGUCUAAUGGAUCAAUUCAUAUCCUUUAGUGUGUUUUGGAGCCGUGGAUGGGUAUUAGCUUGAUCCUUGCUUUAUCUGCCUGUCAAUGGGCUUUUAUGCAGCCCUCAUCCUUCAUCUGAGCGCUGAGGAGUGGAGCUUUCCUUCGUCUUUUAAUUGCAUGUAACUCCGCAAGUAGCAUACUAAUGGCUUCUGUCUUUUAAAGAGUUCAACUUCCCCUUCGUUCAGUUCUGAUAAUAGACUCUGCACUGUAGAUGCACAUGGAUGAUGGUUUCAGGAAGUGGAGGAUGUUGAUUUAGCUGGUUAGAGAAAGUGAGAAAGGACAAACCCAACCAGAUGACGCUGUGUGUCCCCGUCUGGACGUCUAAUGACUAAACCUGCUCAGCAGGUACCGCCUGAGUCUCUGAUCAUUUCAAAUUAAUCAACACUCAUCAGUGUUGUUGAGCACUUUGGUCCUAAUAUGUUGAUUAUCAGUGUGAGAUAUCAAUCAAGGAGAUCUUUGUAUUCUGUGGAUUUUUUUUUUAAUCGAGGGCACUGAUGCUCAUGAAAAGCAACAAUGAUCCAAAGCGACAUAAUAAUGUGUUAAAGUACAUAACAGACCUUUUUGUUAGUGUUGAAAUGAAAAUAGGGGCCGGUAUCUUUUAUGCUAUGUUUCCAAGGUGACCUGUCUUAAUUUUGAAGCCUGUGUUUUAUCCCCACUAAGCCCACAUUGUGUUCCACACACACACACACACACACUACCUGCUGGACAGGUAGGAAGUAAAAAAAAAACAGAAGAACCCUUUUCCAGUGAAUCACAGAGCAGCGCCACUGAACUGCUUUUCUUGCUGCCUCUUUUGUCUCGUGUUUAAGUGCUUGUUUGUUAACUGUGUUGAGGAUUUGACUUCAUGUCCGGGCUGGUUUAUUAUAGUGUGUCUUCUAAGAGGCUUACGGGGCCAGCCAAUUAGUUGCUUCAUGUCUUUUGUUUAUGGCUUUGGUGUAAUCCUGUCAAAGAAACGGAGAGGAAUGGGCUUCUUUUCUUUUUCUUCGUCGCUUUAGGUGUGUUUUGACCACUAGGGAGCACUGCACCUAUGACUAAAUUAGCUCCCUCCCACACAACAACAACACCAACAACACCAACACCAACAACAACAACAACAACAACAACAACAACAACAACCAGAAAGUAUGAAACUAUUUCUUACAUUUCUUUCUCUUUUUUUUUGUACAUAUUCUCCCUGCUGCGAGAUAUUGACAUAUUUUGCUCAGCGGGUCACUGCCGUACAGAGAUAAUGUGAUGAGCGUGGGCUCUCACACUCUGUGACAUUUUCCCCACGGCAUUUGUAAUUGACUGCAGAAACAAAUAAGUUGUCAGAGACUGUAAUUGGUUAUUCAGUGAAACCAGUCAGCAGCAGCUUUAAUGUGGAAAUAAAGAAGGCCUAACGGUCGGAGGGAGCGACCGGGCAGAACCACAAACCUCUCUCUGUAAAGGACAAUCAGCAGACACGAGUCAGGAAAAUGAACUCCCUCCCCGAUGAUGAUAGGGCUGUCCACGAGACGAGUGUGUCCAUCAGGUGAACCCUGCGUAGCCUUAAAUCUUAACGAUAAAAUGCACUAGAGUAGAACCCGGCGUCUUCUCAGGAGAGAGCAAGAGGAGAGCUUUUAUACCUCUGCUUUGAAACGAAGGAAAUGUUUGUACUGUAAAAGUGGUACAGAAUUGUUUCAUUCCCAACAUUGUAAAAAAAAAAAAGGGCAAAGACAAAUAUGUAAAUAUGAUUUAUGUAUAAAACAAAUCAAGUGUAAAAAAAAAUUGUUUCAUUUGUGAUCUAUUGCAACAUUUUGUAAGAAUGUUUUAUUUAUGUUUUAUUCUCACCCUUUGGGGUGAUGUAAAGUCAUAUUUCUCUCAUAAUAAUAAAAAAAAUCAUAAUGU